AUGCAGCGUUGCUUGACGUAUCCAAGAAAUCAACAAAAAGAGACAGUAACGGAGCUUCAAUGGGAUUUGACUACAGCAGGAUUUUUCUGCGGCAGUGGAUACUCUCUCCUUCGCACAACGCACACGCACGUCCUUAUGGAAACUGAUACGCCAAAAGAAACAGCCGCACCUGGAGAUUGGGAAAUCACCAAUGAAACAGCAGUCGAGACGACAGCGGAAGAGGAGCAACAAGAGAAUGAGAAUACCGAGAACGGCGUGACAAAAGAAAUUCUGAAAGCUCUCGAUGACUUGCCUGGUCUCAUGGAAGAGCAUAAAAAAGACAGCACCAAUUAUGAGCUCAACUACAAGCUAGUGGAGUGCUUGAAAUAUCUCAACAUGCCAGAGUUCACCGAGAGCGCACGUGAAGACAUGCACAAGUUGUAUCCUCUUACAGAAAGUAUGUGGAUGGAUUGGAUCAAAGAUUAUAAACUUGCGGCAACAGAUACAGAAGGCAUUCGCAAAGUGCUGUCAUUGUACGAGAAAGCCAGCGAGGAUUAUCUUUCUAUCCCCAUCUGGAAAUCAUUUGUGGAAUAUGUUCUGGAGCUCUUUGACAACCAAUGGAAUAACGAGGACCGCGUCAAUAGGACUCGUGCCAAUCUCAAAAAGGCUGUACAAGCAACAAAGUGGCAUAUCUCUCAAAGUCAAGAAAUCUGGAACCCAUAUAUUCAAUUCCAAGUCGAAUGGUUGGAGCAUCUUGAAAGUCCAACAUCAGAGCAGCUUGAUCAAGUGACGCAGGAUUAUCUCGAUCGAUUGGGCACGCUUCAUACAGAUCAUGAGAGCACAUUCAGCCAAUAUUCGACAUUCAACACCAAGUGGGAUAAUGCAAACUACGAGAAGAACAUGGUCAGGGCCAACAAGGUGUAUUCAAAAACAAAGGCAAUGAUGAAUGAAUGUGAUUACUUUGAGCUCAAGCUGGCUGAGAGCGGUUAUAGCUUGGCGAUGUUUUGCGAAUACAUCGAGGCUAUGAAGCUCAAGGAAAAGUCCUUUCUGAACUAUACCCAAAAUCUCUAUGAACGCGCUGUCGCUUUGUAUUGCACUGAUGUUGCUCUUUGGGAUGAUUACAUUGUAUUCUUGCUGGAUCGUGCCCGUAUACCUGUUGUGUUGGAGUCAGUAACCAAAAGAGCCAUCCGUAAUUGUCCAUGGUCAGGUGUCUUGCUAACACAUCACGCCAGGAGCUUGGAAGCUCGCGAUGCGGAACCUAGUCAUGUUCUCGAGGUUUUCAAGGCUGGCACAGAAAAUAAGACACUGAUGGCAAGCCAAGAGGAUAUCAUUGCUCUUUACCUCGGUAAAUGUGAUUAUCUCCGGCGACGUAUUGACUUGGACGUGGAAGAUCAUGGCGUUGAUGAACACGGCACACCUCUGGUACCAGCGAAGGCACUGCGCCUGACAAUUUUAGACGGCAUUGCAAAACUUCAGGACCUCAAUGCUAGCGAUCCUUAUUUCCGCCUAGAACGAUACGCUACUUUUGUGGAGAUUACACAUGGUGGCGACCUCGCAUACGUAAGGGGAUUGUGGGAAAAGGUCGUCAAUAAGUUUGGCAAAAACGUGGAAGCAUGGUUGGCGUAUAUCCAGUUUGAAAGAUCCGUUGGAGAUGUUAAAAAGUGCGAGUCUUUAUUCAAGCGUGCCAUUGCCAAGCAACCAGAUGAUCCUGAACGAUUGAUGCAUGCAUGGUUAAAUAUGGAACACGAAGUUGGAUCCUUGACGUCAAUGCAAGAUGCCCUCGUCCGUAUCAACAAGAAAACAAAGAUGUUGACUCAACAAUGGCAGGCUGCCUAUGCAAUGGAAGAAGCCAAACAAGGACAAGAAUGGGAAAAAGCACUCAAAGAAAAGCAAAAGAAAGCCCAGCAUCGCCUCAAGCUGAAGCAAAACAGGAAACAAGCACGAUCGGCUGAAUACGCAUCACGAGCACCUGUCAAACGAAAGGCGGAUGAUAUGGAUGAGAAUGCACAAGAAGAUGUUGAGCCUCCUCAAGCUGAUACGGAGGUGGAAGUUACUACUACAACAGCAUCAUCAUCAUCAUUAGCUGAAUCCUCGCAUGUGGAUGAUACCGCUACAGCAACAGCAGCAUCAGCCGAAUCCUCGCAUGUGGGUGAUACCACUACUACUACAGCACCAGCAACAACAAUUGAAGAUAACAAUGCUCCAUCGACAUCACCAUCUCAGACCAAGCGUCGUCGUAUUGAAACGAAUGAAGAUGAAACCACAGCCAAUCGAUCAACUCGUACAGGUGGUAGAGGGCGUGGUAGAGGAAGAGGAUAUCAAGGUCCCACACGACUCCUUGGACGUGGAAUAGGACGUGCUGGCAGGUUGGCUAUGCCUUCUACCCGACCAACACCACAAAAUCAAGAUGCAUCAACAACAAGUGAACCUACUGAAUCAGCCUCAGAAGAAUCAGCAAAGCCCAAAUCUCAAGAUGAUUUUCGUGCAAUGUUACUUGGCAAAAAAUAA